AAUGCGGCAACCGGCGGUACGGCUGCUGUGGCUGAGUCAGGUGCCGUAUGCCGAGCUGCUGGCGCUGCAGGAGCGCUGGCUGCGGCGGCUGCAGGCCGAGCCAGGGACCGAGGCGGGCGCGCUCCUGCUCUGCGAGCCCGCGGGGCCCGUGUACACCGCCGGGCUGCGCGGCGGCCUGACGUCCGAGGAGGCGACGCGGCUGCGGGCCUUGGGUGCCGAUGUGCGCGCCAUUGGCCGCGGCGGCCUAGCCACCUUCCACGGCCCGGGCCAGCUGCUCUGCCACCCCGUACUCGACCUGCGACCCCUUGGCCUGCGCCUGCGCGCCCACGUGGCGGCGCUGGAGGCGUGCGCCGUGCGCCUGUGCGAGCUCCAGGGUCUACCAGGUGCCCGCGCGCGGCCCCCACCCUACACCGGCGUCUGGCUGGGCGAGCGCAAGAUCUGCGCAAUCGGAGUCCGCUGUGGAAGGCACAUUACAUCUCACGGCCUGGCGCUGAACUGUUCUACGGACCUCACGUGGUUUGAGCACAUUGUGCCCUGUGGGCUGGUUGGGACAGGUGUCACUUCCCUGACUGCCUCUGAAGGGCGAGCAGGGCAGGUAUCCUGGAGGAGACAUGCCUCCACGAACAGGUGGGUCGACAGAGCUGAGGAGGACGCAGGGCAGAAGGCCAGAGUUAGGCUGAGGCUGGAUGUGUGGAAUUGGCUCAGGCCACUGCUGUGGGUUCCUGACUCUCCUUCCUUUCUGGACAGAGCCCACCUACGCUUUCCCACUGGGGCCCUUCCUCAAGGAAGGAAGCUGAGUGUACGAAAGAGGAUAGUUAACACCCUGGCUUUUCCACCUCCAGAAAGCCUCUUCUUGUUUAUGAGAAGUCUUUUCCUCAUAAAUAAACAAAUUGUCCAAGGUCUGGUGAAUGAGUGCUAAGUUUGAGGACGUGACCAACUGCAGUGACUGGCCCAGCCCUUGUUCCUUUGGCAGGAAACCAAACAGAACCUGCUCUGACAGUGUGACCAGGUGCACCUCGCUUCAUGAAAAAAGCCUCUGACUGAAAACCUUCAUGGAAAUCAGAUAUUUGCAAUCAAAAUCUAAUUUUUUCACUAAAUUGUAAUUUACCUUACCUAUUAUCAUACCGUAUUAUAAUAACUAUAAAGUUUUAACAAACAACAACACUUGCACUCCCACCUAAAAAAACAUUCUUUUCAUUUGUGUGUUUCCAGCACUUGAUUAUGAGCAGACAUCUUUUAUUAUUCUAUUCUAUUCUGUUUUAUAAUUCUAUUAUGAAUUAUUGUGUGGAUAAAAUUAUGUAUACUAUUUUAAACCAUAGUAUUACAGAGAUUUUCCCACAUUGCUAGAUAGUCUUUAUAUUUUUAACAUCUUAAUCUUGUUUUAAUUUCUUUUAAAACUUAGAUCUUUUAAAAAAAUAUAGGCAAUGCAUAUACAUGGAAUAAAAUUUAAAAGGUACAAAAUGCUACCAUUGUAAUGUAAGUCUUAUUCCUGUCCCUUUCCCCUGUAAACCCAGUCCCUUUCCUGGAGGCCUAAAUGAUGGUAAAUGUCUUAUUUAUAUUCUUCAUAGAUAUUUUAUAUAUAUAUAUAAGCAUACAUGCUUAUAUGUGUACUUUCUUUUUCAUAUAGUAGCAUACUAUACACACAUCUCUCCACUUUAUAAGAUUGUUUCAGGUCAGUAUAUAAAGAACAUCCUCAUUUUUAAAAACGGCUAUGGAGUCAUCCUCAUUUUUCGAAACAGCUGUGGAGUAUUCCAUUCAGUGGAUUUACCAUGACUUAUUUAGCUAGCCCCCUAUUGAGGAUGUUUAGGUUAUUACUAAUCUUUUUCUUUUACAAAUAAGGCUGCAAUGAGGAUCCCUGUAUAAAUGUGCAUGUGUGUCUGUGUGUGUGUCUGCAUAUUGUAUCACACACAGUGAGCACAGAGUUUGCGUUUCUAGAAGUGAUUUUCUGAGUCAAAGGACAUGUGCAUUUUUAUUUUAAUAGAUAUUAUCAUAUUGCCUUUCAUAAAACAUACCGAUUUAUAUUCCCAUUGGCAAUGUACAAUGCCUGAAUUUUAAAUGUUCUAGCAUCUUAGAUUUUUCUUCAUGUUUAAAGUUUUUUAUUAUAAAAUCUUUCAAACAAUACAACAAACCCCAUGAACCCCAUGUACGCAUAACACAGGUAAAACAAUCAACUCAUGGCCAUUCUUAGUUUAUCUAAACCAGUGCCCAUUUCCUGCCUCCUCCCUGGAUUGUUGUGAAGCAAAUCACAGGUACCAUAUUAUUUCAUGCAUAAAUAUUUCAGUAUGUAUUCCCAAAAGAUAAGGAUUCUUUAAAAACAACAUAACCACAGUAUGUCAUUAACACAUAUAAAAAAUACUUAUUCAAUAUCAACAAAUAUUCAGUUAAUAUUCAGAUUUCUUUCUUUGUCCCUCCUCCCCCGCUCCCUCCCUCCCUCCAUCCUUCCUUCCUUCGUGUAGUUGGUUUGUUCAAACCAGGAUUCAAACAAGGUCUACACACUGAAUUUGGCUCAUAUGUCUCAUAAAUGUCUCUUUUCACCUAUGGUUCCCCCGCUAUCUUUUUUAUCUUUUUCUCCUGCGUUUCCUGAAGGUUAAAAAGUAGAUCCUGACAAUUGGCAUGAUUCAGGUAUGAUUUUUUUAGCACAUCUGCUUUGUAGGUGAUGGUGUGUUCUUACAUCAAGUAGCAUGUAGUAUCUGUUUUGGGGUUUUUUUUUCCUCUUUUUUUUUGUGAUGACUAUGCCCUAGAUUCAUUAUUUUAUUAGGGGUUUGCAAGAUGUGAUACUCUGAUUCUAUCAUUCCUUCUUCACUUACCAGCUGGAAUACGUCUAUAGACCUGGCAGGCUGAGUGCAAAAGAACUCAAUAUGUCCGGUAGCAUUAGUGUUAUUAGCAUUUUAUUAGUUUUUUAGUUUUGUUCAUUUUCAUUAAAAUUUGUAUUGAAUAAAUACUAUGUAAAAGAUUUGCUUUUACAGUUGCAUUGGAGUUUAAACUGAGUUUAAAUUUGAACAUAUUUAGAUUAUCAGCACUGAGUACCUCAAUGAUUUUUUUCCUUUAAAAGGGGUUCCUAAAUCAUUCAAGUUCAUGAGACACUGGUAUAAGACUAUAGUGUUACAUUUUUUCAAUUUACCUAAACUGUGAGCUUUGCUAAGCCAGAGACUGUUUCUUUGUUUUGUUUGUUUGUAUCCUAGCAUGUGAAAGGAAACAGUGGUUCAAUGACUGUUAUUAUGAGGAAUUCCCUGUAGCUUUGGUCCUUUUGUUGACAGACAUCAGUAUCCAGUCUGUGAAGUGGUCAUCCCAGCCCUGCUCACACAGCUCCAGACGUGGAGCAUUCUUCAUAAUUCUGAUUGUUAGAAAGUUGUUCCUCAUCCCAAACUGAAACCUGCCCUCAACAGUGUCAUAAUUCUGCCCUCCUGCAAGUCCUCCUCUGAGAGGUCUUCCCUGGCCACACUGUGCAUCCCCCUCGGGUGGCAGUGGCCCCUAUAAUGUAGUUACUUAUUUCCAUGUCUGACCCCGUCCAGACUGUGAGCUCCCCAGGCAGGGACUAUAGCUGUUUCACCCAUGGCCCUCUCAGGACCAGCCCAGGGCCUCACACAGAGGUGCCCAGAAAUGGCCUGUUGAGUCAGCAAAUGAAUUCUAUCCUAGGAGCGGGCUCUUCUUCAAGUUAAACUUUCCUGAUUCUUCUGUUCUUCAUAAAAUAUGGCUUCCAGAUUCUGCCCCCACUGCCCUCAUCUCAACAGGUUCCAAUUGGCUAACAUGGCCUUAACCUGUGUUGCUUGAAGAUAACAUGCCUGGUGUGGUCCGGCCAGUGUUGGAGAAGCUAGUAAAAUAGUCUUGUUCAGGCUUCAGAGGCAACAAUAGGCCUUUGACUAAAAAAGACCCUGGGGCUUCCCUGGUGACGCAGUGGUUGAGAAUCUGCCUGCUAAUGCAGGGGACACGGGUUCAAGUCCUGGUCUGGGAGGAUCCCACAU